AUGGCAUUCAAUUUCAACUGGUCGCCUCUAACGGCAGAUGCGGAAUUCUAUCAAAGAGCUCAAGAAAUGCUCACGGCAGCUCUUAAUAAAUCACCAAAGCCUCCGAUUAUAAAGGAUGAUAUCUUAGUCAAUGAGUUAAACUUGGGUUCGGUACCUCCAGAUCUGGAGAUAUUAGAGAUUGGGGAUUUGGCAGAGGAUAGGUUUAGGGGAAUCUUCAAGAUGUGCUAUUCUGGAGAUGCUUUCUUGACUCUGAAAACAAGAGUUCAGGCCAAUCCGCUGAAUAAUCAUUUGUUCUCAAAACCAUCAUUCACGUCUCCACAACCCCUCGCGGCAGAUGCGGGUCUCACGAUUCCAUUGCAAAUCACUUUGUCCGAAAUCAAAUUAUCCGCCUUCAUCAUAGUGGUAUUUUCAAAGCAGAAAGGAUUAACAUUGGUCUUCCGAAAUGAUCCACUUGAAUCUCUCAAGGUCUCUUCCACCUUCGACUCGAUACCAUUCAUCAAGGAUUAUUUACAGAAGGAAAUUGAACAACAGUUGAGGACUUUGAUGAUGGAUGAAUUACCUGCUAUUAUUCAUAGGUUGUCAUUGAGAUUAUGGUGCCCGGAAUAUAGAGGAAAGGAAGAUCAAGAGAUGGCCGAAGCUGUAAAGAAAACGAAAGACGAAGUAGCCAUUGAUCCAUUUGCAAGCCCACCACAAGAUGCGGUCGAUGCACGUGGAAAUGUUCUAGAUGCAAGCGAAAUAUCCAAUUUAUCGUUAGAUGGUGGGUCGGAGAUCCACUCGCUGUUCUCACAAAAGAACCUACUUAGGUUGGCCGCACUCACAAACUCUCAUCGAACUUUGUCACUUUUCACUCCUUCUAUUCGAGAUGCGGUCUUUCGAGCAUGGGCGCCAUCAGAAAGAGGUGAUUCGGCUGGAACAACUACACCUGCAACUACUUCACUUCACAGACCACAAUCAUCCCUUGGAGGUCAGAGUACUACCUACACAUUCUCAAAUAGAAGUUCUGAUGAUGGACAUGGUAGUAUGCCAUCUAGACCAUCAUUGGUCAAUAUGAAUUCGGCUACCACGGGAUUAAGUCUGGGUGCAAAUCGAGGUUCAAGGUCACAUACUACAAGAAAGAAGAAGAACAGAGUGGUGAACUUGAGAAAAUCCAAAACUACAGAUAAUGUUAGCGAGAGUGGCGAAAGUGAGACUGCUUCCAUAACUGCAGCAUCUGAACCAAUCGUUCAAUCUCGUAUUCCAGAAGAGCCGGAAGAUAUUCCUGUCACUCCACCACCUGGAAAGGUACGAUUUAAUAGUAUCGACCUUGGAGAUUCACCAAAGAAACUACAACCAUCUCGUUCUAUCACACCAGAACAAGGAAACAUGAACCAAAUUCCAACACUCACCGUGGAACCUUCUACUCCGAUUCAUUCAGAAAACCAGAAGCGUCCUGCUUACAAUCAAUCAAGCUUUACAUCAUACACUUCAGAGAAGUCAGCAACUACCCCACCACAUACGCAAUUCUCAUAUCCACAUGGUCUUCACUUCUCCGCAACUGAAUCACCAUCUGGAAUUCUUGAGCAAGCCUGGAUUAUGAAGAUGGCAUCUGAGCUAGCUCGUCGUCGACAUGAUAAAACUGCUCGUGAAGGAUUUUGGUCUACAUCAAGCAAUGGUGAUGAUGCUCCACCUGCUUAUGAACCCAAAGCCUUGUAA